UUCGUCCACCGACUGGCGAACGGCACACACCUCUCUGCACGUUGCCGUUAAGAUGCCCCUGCACACGCGAGUGAAUGGGUGGUCUCGUGGAGAUAAUUUCGCGAAAAAUAUCAACGACUAGUUAACAAAAUUAUCUCGGAAUAAAUCACCCCGGUACGGGAAAGUUCCACCGACCAAUGACGUCAUUCGAGUGCCCUCGAAAGACACUCCCACUUUCUACCCCCACAAAGGUUUCUACGAUGCUGUCGAUGCUUAUCACCGAUGCGUUACGCAUGGGUGACGAUUAUUUGGGGUUUCUAUGGAUGUCGCUAAUUGAGAGAAAACGAGGGAUGCUAUGCAGAAAUUGAAUGCGAUCAAAAAAUAUGAAAGACCUGCAUGCGGCUUCCGAAAAGGUUUCAAUUUCCGUGAAAAGGGUUUUACCGUUCCGAGGAUCGUGUGAGAAAACUAUUAGCGUAAAGAAACCCUUAAAUAACGGAAGACGGCGCCGAUCGCCCAGGGAUGAAUGGAAAAGCUAUUUUCGAUUUCAGCCCUGCGGAUACAUCAGAGCGCGUGCAAGUGGAGGGACAGCAAAACGCAAGUAUUUCAAGAAACGCGUAAUUUAUAUUCGAGACCCGUCGGUGCUCGACGGGGAUUUUAUGUGCCUUUCGGGAAACGGACGUUACGAGGCAAUUAAUUUCAAAAAUCCCGAUUAUCCGUCCGCUGGUUUGCCGCUCUAUUGCGAGAUGUAA